AGCCUCCCGAGAGGAGAAUGGGAGUCAGGGCGGCUGGCGUCACAAAAGCCGGCCGAGGGCGUCACAGAAGCCGGGUCGAGGGUGGGGCAGGCCCGCUCCAGGGGUCGAGGAGUGUGGGGUCGCGCGGGGCCAUGGGCUGCUGCCAAGACAAGGAUUCUCAGACCUCCGAUGAGCAGGCCAAGGAGGGCGACUCCGAAGACGAGGAAGCCACGGACGAGGGAGAGCAGCAGAAACCCAAGUCGAACGACAGCAUCCUGAUCACCGUGCUGUGGCGGCGGCUCUCCAUGUUCAGCCGUCGGGGCUCCACGCGGUCCAGCAGGCCAUCGAGCCAGAGUCAAAGGCGGCCGAGUGUGAUCCUGGAGAACAAGCCGGAGGAGAUCACGGAGGAGCCAGAGAAGGAGUGACCCCAGCCCUGACCUCAGCCCGCCCCAACCUCCAGAGAAUAAAGUUUCUAAUCUGUACCUG